UUUGUCUUGAAGGCUGGUGGAGUUGCUGGUGUCUGUGUUGACUUGAUCCUUUUUCCCCUGGAUACUGUAAAAACAAGACUGCAGAGCCCUCAAGGAUUUAGGAAGGCUGGUGGUUUUCAUGGCAUCUAUGCUGGUGUCCCUUCCACUGCUAUAGGAUCCUUUCCAAAUGCUGCUGCGUUUUUUAUCACCUAUGAGAAUGUGAAAUCCAUGCUGCACCAUGGCUCUACAUCUUACUUGACUCCAGCAACACACAUGAUGGCUGCCUGCCUUGGGGAAGUGGUUGCAUGCCUCAUACGGGUUCCAUCUGAGGUUGUCAAGCAAAGGGCCCAGGUUUCUCCUUCCUCAAGUACCCUCCGGAUUCUGUCCCACACCUUGUAUCAUGAGGGUAUUCAAGGACUUUAUCGGGGUUAUAAAAGCACAGUAUUAAGAGAGAUUCCUUUCUCUCUAGUACAAUUUCCCCUCUGGGAGUCCUUAAAGGAUCUCUGGUCGUGGAAGCAGGGUCACGUGGUGGAUUCUUGGCAGUCAGCAGUCUGUGGAGCUUUUGCAGGUGGAUUUGCAGCUGCAGUCACCACACCUCUCGAUGUAGCGAAGACGAGAAUUAUGUUGGCAAAGGCUGGAUCCAGCAAUGCUAGCGGGAACGUUCUGGCCGCCCUCGGUGGCAUCUGGAGGACACAAGGCCUGUCGGGCUUGUUCGCAGGUGUUGUCCCACGGAUGGCAGCCAUCAGCCUGGGAGGCUUCAUCUUCCUGGGGACAUACGAGAAGACUCGCCAGCUGCUGCUCUGACCCAGCCCGGCCGGC